AUGGCUUCCAUUCAGUCAGCUCCCAACCCGGGAGCUGCCCAUAUGGCAUUACCCCCUGAUCUCACGCCAGCUCGCGUGCAGGAAGUGUACCAGAAAUUUCGCGAAAUGCAAAAGUCUGGCGUGCGCCCCGAUGACCCUGAAUAUAUCAAAGCGCAUAACAUUCUCCUCGCGGUGCAGAAGCAGCAGGCAUUUGCCAAACAGCGAUUCCAACAGCAGCAGCAAUUACAGCAGCAGCGACAGCAACAACAACAGAUGCAACAGGCGAAUGGAAAUGGCAAUGAACAACUACAACAGCAGCAACAGCAGCAACAACAACAAGCUGCCAAUGGUGUAAAUAGCCGAGCAGGCUCAGUCACAUCCGCCACCAAUGCCACCCAGGAACAAAAAGAUGCCACUGGCAGUGUUCAACCACCUUCCGGUCAGAAUGCCGCAGCGGGCGCGACAAAAGGCCCAUCGGCUCCUUCAGGCAAUUUCUCGACCGAGCAACUUGAUACCCUUCGAAAGCAAAUCCUCGCUUUCAAAAUGCUCACCAAGAAUGUGGCCAUUUCACCCGCCGCUCAAAUGCAGCUUUUUGGCGGCGUCAAACAACAACCAGCUUCUCCCGCCGACAAGGUUGCAGCCGCGGAGGCUGUCGUUGAGAACGCCGCUGGGACCCCAGGCGAUAAGCCUGUCGACAACGCGGAAAAGGAAGCCAAUCUCAAGAACUUUUACGAAACAUUGGAAUCGCCUUGGGACCUUCUAUCGAAAACUAUCAGCUACCCAGACCACGCCAAACGGGCAAAUCGUCCACGGAUUCCGAGUGUUUUUCCUACAGGCGUCGACUUGGAGCAAGUUCGUGAGGAUCGCGAGUUGCUUAUCUAUAACAAGAUAAGUGCUCGGAAAGCAGAGCUCGCGAAUCUUCCUGCCAACCUUGGUGUCUGGGAUUUGAGUCGAAGUGAAACCCCGGCACCCGAUAGCUCUUUGAAACUCAAGGCUUUGAUCGAGUUCAAGAUGCUGAAUCUGCUGCCAAAGCAGAGGAAAUUCCGUCAACAAAUCCAGCAUGAAAUGUUUCACUACGACAACCUCGGAAUGACUGGAAAUCGGUCUACGCAUCGCCGCAUCAAGAAACAGUCACUGCGAGAAGCUCGUAUCACCGAAAAGCUGGAGAAACAACAGCGUGAUGCCAGAGAGAAUCGCGACAAGAAGAAGCAAGACGAAAAGAUACAGGCAAUCCUCGCUCACAGCCAAGAGGUUGUCCAAGCUGGUAUCCAACAGCGUUCGCGCAUGCAGAAACUCGGCCGCGUCAUGAUCCAGCAACACCAGCACAUGGAGCGCGAAGAGCAGAAACGCGUGGAAAGAACCGCUAAACAACGUCUUCAGGCUCUUAAGGCUAACGAUGAGGAGACCUACCUCAAGCUUUUGGGUCAAGCCAAGGACUCUCGUAUUACCCACUUGCUGAAACAGACCGAUGGUUUCUUGAAGCAACUUGCCUCAUCCGUGAAGGAGCAGCAACGAUCUCACGCCGAAAGAUACGGAGGAGAUGUUCAACUGGAAGAGGAGGAGGAGGACGAAGAGGACUACGGUUCCGACGAAGAAGGCGGCGGCCGCAAGGUCGACUACUAUGCUGUGGCUCACCGCAUCAGGGAGGAGAUCACUGCACAACCGUCUAUUUUGGUUGGAGGAACCCUUAAAGAGUACCAGAUCAAGGGUUUGCAAUGGAUGAUCUCGCUUUACAACAACAACUUGAACGGUAUUUUGGCCGAUGAGAUGGGUCUCGGUAAGACCAUUCAGACCAUUAGUCUGAUUACGCAUCUCAUCGAGAUGAAGAAGAACAAUGGACCAUACCUGGUGAUCGUGCCUCUAAGUACUCUGACGAAUUGGAACUUGGAGUUUGACAAAUGGGCUCCAUCCGUCACCAAAGUCGUCUACAAAGGCCCACCGAACGUGCGAAAACAGCAUCAACAAACCAUUCGGUAUGGUCAGUUCCAAGUCCUCCUUACUACCUACGAAUACAUCAUCAAAGAUCGCCCACUGCUCAGCAAAAUCAAGUGGCAACACAUGAUUGUCGACGAGGGUCAUCGUAUGAAGAAUGCGCAAUCGAAGCUCAGCAGCACUUUGACCCAGUACUACAUGACCCGCUUCCGUCUUAUCUUGACCGGAACUCCACUUCAGAACAACCUACCGGAGCUUUGGGCUUUGCUAAACUUCGUGCUGCCCAGCAUCUUCAAGUCUGUAAAGUCGUUCGAUGAAUGGUUCAACACACCCUUUGCGAACACAGGCAGUCAAGAUCGGAUCGACCUGACGGAAGAAGAGCAAUUGCUCGUGAUCCGUCGUCUUCACAAGGUUCUUCGGCCGUUCUUGCUGAGACGUCUGAAGAAAGAUGUCGAAAAAGAUCUGCCGGACAAGCAAGAACGAGUCGUCAAGUGCCGCUCCUCCGCACUGCAGAGCAAGCUGUACAAACAGCUCCUCACAUCCAACAAGAUGGUUGUCAGCGAUGGCAAAGGUGGAAAGAUUGGUAUGCGUGGUCUCAGCAACAUGCUCAUGCAGAUGAGGAAGCUUUGCAACCAUCCAUUUGUGUUCGAGCCUGUUGAAGAUCAGAUGAACCCUACUCGUGGAACCAACGACUUGAUUUGGCGCACGGCUGGAAAAUUCGAACUUCUGGAUCGCGUCCUUCCCAAGUUCAAGGCGACCGGUCACCGUGUCUUGCUGUUCUUUCAGAUGACACAAAUUAUGAAUAUUAUGGAAGACUUUUUGCGAUACCGGGGAAUGAAAUACCUACGACUUGAUGGUUCAACCAAAUCUGAUGAUCGAUCCGAGUUGCUAAAACUCUUCAAUGACCCCAACUCAGACUAUUUCUGCUUUUUGCUUUCCACUCGUGCUGGUGGUCUAGGUCUUAACCUGCAGACUGCCGAUACCGUCAUUAUCUAUGACUCGGAUUGGAAUCCUCAUCAAGAUUUGCAAGCGCAAGAUCGUGCUCACCGUAUCGGUCAGAAGAACGAAGUGCGAAUUCUUCGGUUGAUCACGUCGAACUCGGUGGAAGAGAAAAUCUUGGGCCGUGCUCAAUUCAAGCUUGACAUGGAUGGAAAAGUUAUCCAGGCAGGAAAGUUUGACAACAAAUCGACAAACGAGGAGCGUGAGGCCCUGCUUCGUACUCUCAUGGAAACUGCCGAAGUCGGUGAACAGAUUGGUGAUCAAGAUGAGAUGGACGAUGACGACCUGAAUGAGAUGAUGGCAAGAUCCGAGGAGGAAGUCACAAUCUUCCAGAAGAUGGAUCGGGAACGCUCCACGAUAGACAAAUAUGGGCCUGGUCAUCGUUACCCUCGACUCAUGGGUGAAGAGGAAUUGCCAGACAUUUAUCUCGCCGAAGAAGUUCCUGCCAAGGUUGAGGUCGAAGAGUACACAGGCCGAGGAGCUCGUGAGCGCAAGAUCACGAGAUACGACGACGGACUCACUGAGGAGCAAUGGCUCAUGGCAGUUGAUGCCGAUGAUGACACCAUUGAAGAUGCAAUUGCUCGCAAGACAGCCAAGGUUGAACGACGUCGUGUCAAUAAAGAAAAGCGCGGACGCAGGACCACAGGAGAAUCCUCCCCCGAACCCGAACCAUCUAGAGAAAGCUCAGAAACGCCACAACCAAGGAAACGUCGCAAGGGCCCCAGCGGGAAGCGCAAGGCGGAUGAGGUGGUCGAGGAAACGCCUCUUGCGAAGCGAAAGAAGGGAAAGCCAGGCAAAGCUGUGGAAACUCUUAGCAGCGGCGAGCGCGCAACUCUGCAAAUGAUUUUGAACAACGUCUACCAGACGUUGGUGGAUCUGGAGCAAGAGAUUCCACCCGAAGACGACGAAAGCGGCGACGAAGAGCCUGUUUCAAGAUCUAUCAUUGAUCCGUUUAUGAAGCCACCGCCCAAGUCUCAGUAUCCCGACUACUAUAUGAUCAUCCACAACCCCAUCGCCAUGGACAUAAUCAAGAAGAAGAUCAAUAGAGAAGAGUAUCAGAAUUUGCGGGAGUUUAGAGAAGAUGUCCAUCUUCUUUGCCAGAACGCUAGGACAUACAACGAAGAUACCAGCAUACUAUUCGCAGACGCGAAUCAGAUCGAGGCUACUUGUGUCGAAGCGUUGAAGAAGCACGUAGAGGAACACCCCGAAUUUGCCGACAUGGACGAAUCUAGCUCAGCAGCUGCCGAUGGCCUGUCCACGGCCGGCGUUUCUGGUGCUGAGUCGGUAGCACAGCCCAAGAUCAAACUCACUUUCAACAGCAAUCGGGACAGUGCCAGUGCGGCAAACGGGGAUAUUCCGAGUGACGAAGAAUGA